CCGACUCAGGAGAAGGGGGCACUGGGGCAGUCUCUCCUCUCCUCUCAGCAGUGCCUAAGGUUGGAGCCACCGGGGGAAUUUGGAAGGGAACAGCCCACCAUGUCAUCAUUCAGGGUUUUCCAGAGGGAUAACCAAUUGGCUGCUAGAGUAACAAAUGACAAGUAACCUGACUCCACUGACCCACUCAACCCUGCUUUUGGAGGAUGAAAAGGACCAGCUGCCUGUUCUAAACCAGCGGCACAGGCUUGGGGAUGCAUUUAUAAGAUGGCCGACCAAAGACAGAGGGCCCUGUCGGCAUCUGGCGAAGCGCUAUAUGAGAUUCUCGGCCUUCAGAAGGGAGCGGGCCAUGAAGAAAUUAAGAAAACCUACAGAAAACUGGCACUGAAAUAUCACCCAGACAAGAACCUGGACAACCCAGAAGCUGCAGAAAGGUUUAAGGAAAUCAACAAUGCCCAUACGAUAUUGACGGACCCGUCCAAGAGAAAUAUAUAUGAUAAAUAUGGAUCCCUGGGGCUGUAUGUGGCUGAGCAAUUUGGGGAGGAAAACGUGAACACCUACUUCAUACUGUCAAGCUGGUGGGCAAAGGGCCUGUUUGCCCUCUGCGGACUUUUGACGGGCUGCUAUUUUUGCUGCUGUCUGUGCUGCUGUUGCAACGGCUGCUGCGGAAGGUGUCGCCCUAGACCCUCAGGAGAGAAAGAGGACGACUACUACGUGUCCCCCGAGGAUCUGGAGGAGCAAAUCAAAACGGACAUGGAAAAAGAGGGAGACACCCCGAUAGCCCUCCAGCCGACCAACGCAAAUGAGAAAACCCAGCUCAUCGGGGAUGACCGCCGCAGCUACCGUACAGAUUCGUAGCCCUGGCGAGCCAGCUGGGAGGGCACUGCCAUGGGGCCGGGGCUUUGCCCAGCGGGUACCAGGGAAAAACAGCAACACUGCAAGAUCCCAUAUCUUUUCCCUUUUGGUAGCUUACCAUUAGUCAGGCUAAGGUAAUUGCAAUUUUCUGACCACGCAGAACCUCUCUGAAAAGGGAAUCUCGGAGACACUAAUUCGGUCAAGACAGAUUCCUGGGAAAAGUAUAUUUUUGCUCCCCUUGAGAGAUAUCACAGGAGCACCCUACGCAUGUUUUAUGUUUGAACCACUUCCUCAUCAAUAAACAAGACUGAAAUUAAGCAUCAGAAA